UGUGUGCUCAGUUCCGGCUGCGUUAGUGUAACACGCACAACACAAAAAUGGCAGCGGAAACGUUAAGCAGUUGGCUGCGGUGCGGAUUCACUCUGGUCAUGGUCCUCCAUGAUUCUUCUUUAGCCGGAACGCUGCCAGAUAACUGGAGAGAGUACGUUGAUGUCGCUGCAUUGACAGCGGAUAACGACCAAUCACGAUACAGCAGCGACUUUUGGGAGGGUGACAUUGCGGGAUUUGAUUCUGAAGAGAUGGAAGGAAAUUCUGCCGCUAACGCGGUCAACGACGACAAUUUGUUGUGGCCUAACAAUACGAUCCCUAUGAAUUCACCACGCAGCUUUCGGCAACGUUUAGGGCGUCAGAAAAGAAGAUGGUUGAGGAAGCGAUGGGCAUCAUUAUGCAUCUCACCGACAACUGUGUGAAAUUUGUGGCCCGCACCCACGAAAGUGACUACGUUAAAUUCCAGAAAAGUUCCCAAUGUUCGUGGAAUAUCGGUCGCAUUGGACGGAGACAGCUGAUACAACUGACGUCGGGUUGUAUCCUUCAUUACGGCUGCAUCCAGCACGAACUGAUGCACACGUUGGGUUUCUAUCACGAACAGUCGCGACUCGAUCGGGAUGACUAUGUUCUCAUCAACUGGGACAACAUCGCGACAGAGGAUAAAGGUCAAUUUGAGAAGCGUACAGGGAAGACGUAUGGUCUCCCUUACGAUUACCAGUCGGUUAUGCAUUACGAACUGAAAGCCUUCGCCAAAGACCCAAAUUUCCCGACCCUUAUACCGAAAGUGAAAGGAAUGAAAAUGGGACAGAAUGAGAAUCUGACUCCACUGGAUUUAGCCAGGAUUUACAAGCGUUUCAACUGCAAUGUGCCCACUGGUAGACAAUUCGUGUCAAAGCUGGGAGAAUGUCGAGAUUCCGCCACAUUGGCGUCCACGACUUCAGGCGAUCAAGACAUUACUGCCAGCACUGCAAGGUCAACCAGAAAAACACAGCAGGAAUUUCGGACCACACCGAUCAGUGAUGCGACGCCUUUACUUGUAUCUCCUAGUGUCCCAAAACAACUUCAAGACAUUCGUGACCGGCGCUUUGAUCCGGAUGGAUACGUCUACUCAGUGCCGAUUCGGCCUGAGGUGGCUUGGACGACUGAACAGUGUAACAGACAGCGCUCGGAUCAUUGCACUCCUUGGUUCUUCGGGUCUGAUUGCAAUCCUGCAAAUCUAUACUACGAGUUCACUUGUUACAGAGCAACCACCCAAGUAGAAAUGGAGCGAAUAAUCGAAGCGAUGUCCCGCCCACCAGUCCGCUAUAUACUGGCUCAAUUGCCCGAUUCUGAGUAUUUAACCGACGAACUCUUGCAACCCGUUGCCGAACAGAUUAUUCAAUUCGCGUUUUCCUAUCUAAAUACCACACGAGCCACAGACAAACUUCGCGAUAUGAAGCUGACCAAUAUGCUAGAAUUUCAAGGAUCGUACUGUAUGGAGGAUUUGGUUAUUCGACGAACGGAUUUCACCACAUCGCUGAAACUUCGAAUACUUGGUUUCUUUAGAUGCGGUAUUGCAUCACUGGAAGCCGACAGUUUUUCCUAUCUGGAGGAUCUUCGUGUUGUCACCCUGGACAUGUUCAAUUUGGUGGACUUUUCUCAAAAGAAGCGCAUUUAUUGUGAUCGGGCGUUUGCAUGGUAUCGAGCGUGGAUAUCCGCAAAUCCGUAUCUGAUUCAGAACCGGACAGAGGGGAGCGUGUACAGUGUAACAGGGGGACUGAAAAACAUGCCGUACACACAAAAUCAUCUAUUCAGACCAGUCAACUGCAGCGCUUGACCGGUACGGGACAGUCGUACUCGGAGGUUACACUCCCACCGAGAAGAUUCAUCGGGCGUUCAAGGAAGUUUUACCAUUCGUCGACAAUGACAUUACAGUUGCUGUGGGUUUGUGUAUGUAGUGUGCUAGCCUUUUCAAACGAACGUCCAUACUCGAAGUAGUCGUUUCCUGUUAAAGAAUAAUGCGUAGUGCAUGCUCGUCGUUGUCGCAGAUGGAAGGAAAUUCUGCCGCUAACGCGGUCAACGACGACAAUUUGUUGUGGCCUAACAAUACGAUCCCUAUGAAUUCACCACGCAGCUUUCGGCAACGUUUAGUAAAUCAUAAAUAACAAUCUAACUAUCGUCCCAUUUAGCCAAUUUUUAAGUAGCCCCGAUGA